GCUGUCUUGGCCAAACUAUGUUACUCGUAUAAUUCUCUUUGUUUAUUCUUACUCUUCUUUCAACGUCUUGCAUCGUUUGUGUCAAACAUUUUGUUGUUGGAAAAGAAUAUUCAUUACCUUUGUUCCUCCUCUUCGUUGCAUCUCACCUUUACUCAGUUUCAUCAGCCAGAGGCAACCAUCUUGAAACCAGCACGCGACACUUGGAAAAACAUCUCGAAUUCUAGGUCACAGAAAUCGACGUAAACAGUCAACAACGGGAACAGGAGCCAACCAUGGCGACUCCCAAGUUCAGCACAAAGUCCCCUACGAUUCGUCGUAUACUCAAGGAAGCAGCUGAACUAUCCAGCUCUCCCUCCGCCGAUUACACCGCCGAACCCCUCGAGUCCGACCUCUUCGAAUGGCACUUUACCCUCCGUGGCCCUCCCAACUCAGUCUACAGCAACGGUCUCUACCAUGGCCGCAUCGUCCUCCCUCCUACAUAUCCUCUGCGACCCCCCAGCUUCCGCUUCAUGACACCGAGUGGUCGAUUCGAGGCCAAUCGAGAGAUCUGCCUUAGCAUUAGUGGCCAUCAUGAGGAGACGUGGCAGCCAGCCUGGGGAGUGCGAACAGCUCUAGUGGCGCUCCGAAGCUUCAUGGAAACCGACGCCCGUGGUCAACUAGGCGGCCUGGAGACAACCGACGCCGUGCGACAACGCCUCGCAGCAGAGUCAUCCUCGUUCAAAUGCGCAGCCUGUGGCAAGACAAACGGCGAAAUCAUCAAAGAGUGUGAGGAGCGAGCGAGCGAAGCUUCUUCAAGCGCUCAGGAGGUCGAAGUGCCCAAGGAGCUGAACAUGGGUUGGCGCGAUGAGAUGGAGGCCAAGAAGAAGUCCGAGAACAAGGCCGACGAGGCAAACGACGAUGCAGAAGCGGCAGAACUGGCUGAGGGAUUCGUUCAAACUGCACCUAUUGCCGCUGUCAACUCAACCCCCGAGAUCAACAACCCCACCCCAACCCGAACCACGGCCCCGAACCCCGCCCCCGUCCCGGCCGGCCCAGCACCCAACGCCGCCGCGGCCCCCAUCCCUAGAGCGGCGGCGCCCGGUACACAGCGACAACAAAUACGGCGCGCAUCCGACGAUGGAGUCCCAGUCUGGCUUGACCGGACGAUUGUCGUCCUGGUGGUGCUUCUGGUGGCUCUCGUGCUCAAGAUCCUUUUUGCCCUGUAGGCAAGGAUAGAGAGGGCAUCUUUUUGGGUCUGAGUUUGGCGUAUGGUGAAUUGGAUUUUUCUUUCUUUUUUUUCAAGUGUAGCGUGUUAUAUAUCCAAUGGAAAUGAGUAUUUAUCAUGGU